AUGACCUCUCCUGCCAAGCGCCGAAUUGUGCUGAAAGAUGGCGAUGGCAGAGUCUACGAUGUGCAAGUGAUGCAGGAUGCUGUGGGUUUCGACCUGCGUCGCAAAGCAAGGCCCAAGCUGGCUGAUGAUGAUCUUCGACUCGUGAAACUCCGCAAGGCAGACAACACGGACCUCGAGUUGGACAAAGUGGUGCCGCCUGGUGUCGGCAGCGACAUUGUUGAGCCUCCUAAAGAUGAGCUUUGCAAAUGGCUGGAAGAGGCUGUUGCUAUGGAGCCAAAGCCGAGCACUUGGGGCAGGACUGAAGACACUAAGGAGUUGACCUUCACCAACAAGAUAUUGGGCAACAAGGGUAUGGGCAAUGACCUAGUCGUUCGCGAGUGCUAUGUACAGAUGAACGAUGAGGCAAUGCAGUGGCUGAACAAAAAGACGGAGGACGACAAGAUCGGACUGUUUAUUGUGACAGGCACACCGGGAAUUGGCAAGUCCAUGUUCCUCGGCUUCAUGUUAGCCUUCCUUGCUGAAGAGCAGAAGUACCACAUCGUUGUCCAGCGUGGUAACAUGUGGUGGUCGCGACAGAUUGGUAGGAAAACCAUGGCUCACUAUGAAACCAAGCCUAUCAAGCUUCUUCAAAGUUCCCAAACCUUGCUGUUGGCAGAUCCUCAUGGAGGUGAUGGACGUGCGCAGAUAGAGCAACGUAGUGCAGGCUGCACCAUGGUUUUCAUUUCACCAUCUAAGAAGAGCUAUGACACGCCAUACAAACAGCAAAAAGUUGAAAGCACUCUCCGCUACAUGCCUGUUUGGGCCUUGGAGGAGUAUUUGACACACAGAGAGAAGUUGUUUCCGCAUGUUUCUCACGAGCAGGUGAAACAAGCGCACUCACUGCUGGGUGGAAGUCUGCGUUGGUUACGAGAGCUGCUGAGCACCAAAGGUGACAUGUCGAAUGUCGCUCGUGAUUUGGUUCAGCAGAGUAUUCACAACUGCACCUAUGACAACCUUCAUCAAGCUGUGAAGAGUGUGCCAUCCGAUAUGCAAGUCGGAGAAAGCCUCAUGAGUCUGCUGUUGCAGAUUCAUUCUGUUUCUCCUUUUCACAAACCGACUACGAAGCUCAUUGAGUCAUCCGUUGUUAGUGAAGCGAUUCGUGAGAAGCUGGAUGCCCAAAGCAGAGAAGCACGUCCACGCUUCAUCAACGCAUGUCUGGACCUACCCGCACUCGGCACAUUUGUUGGAGACCUUCUCCAAGAUGAGGUGUAUCAGAAGCUCACGCAGACACUCCACAGAAAAGAAGGCAAGCUAAUCUCCAAACAGCGUUUGCAGGUUGGCUGUUUGUAUUGCCCAAAGAGUAAGAUUUUCCCUGCCACGGAUAUCUUCUUUGUGAUGGAUCACAAUGGCAGUUUUGUGCUCUGCCUGUUGCAAAUUACCAAGAGGGACACCCACGACUGCAAGGAAACGGUGGACAAGGUCGACCUCAUUAAAUGGAUUGUUGUUACACCUACAAGCAUCGCGAAGAAGUACACUACAGUCCAAUCUGUUAAGGGCUCGUGGCAGAAGACAGCCACGAUGGCAGUCAAAGUAGAGCAAUACGUCUCUGCCUGGAAAGUCUGA